CUUUGUUCCUCGGUUGAGCAGUAGAUUCGAGUGCCUUUUUUGUUGGUUGUAAAUCAUGGAGCAGCGACGAUCUUCUCGCUGGAUCGCUAUUUUGUGUGUGAGUCUUCUUUUUCACCAGUUUUCACCAGUUUUCACCAGAUGUGUUGUUAACGAGGAAGGUGAAGCUGUAGACAAAGGAGAACAGAUUGACCAAGAUGUUCCAUAUGGAGAUGACUUUUAUCAAGAUGACAUAGAGCAAGUCGCUUCGGGAAAGAGAAGUUUUCUAUCGAGCUUCGCAGAUAUAGCACUAAAAGCUUUGAAAUUUGGAUUAAAAUAUGGCGAUGAAAUAGCAGCUGUAGUAGAUCUUUCUGUGAACCUCCCUGUAGCAGUAGGGGGCUGUGCCGUCUAUUAUCCAAGUAUUGAAACCAAUUGGAACAAGGUUAAAAGCCUUACUGCGACAUUCAAGAACAUUAGCGAUGAAAUAGACCGACUUUCUCUAGAAGCGGCAGUCGUGCAAUGCUAUGCUAAAUCUAGCAUGGAAGUGUACAGCAGAAUAAGAAGUAACAUGGAGCGUAUCACUAUCACACAGAAAGCAGUUUUCGAUGCAAUGUCUCCUGAAUUCAGCCAUGCAUUGACAAACUCCACUGAGUACAUCAAGAAAUACAUCAAAAAGAAAAAUAGCACAAAAGACGAGGUCGAUGCAAUCGAAGUCGAUUCAAUGUACAAAUCAGGUCUAGAAGUAGUGUUAGACAUUGUCAUGCCAGCUUUGACACUCGCAAUGCCGGGAUUUAAGAAAGUUUACAAACACGUCCAAGGAACUGUCAUCGGAACCAAAAUAAACGAGCUGGAGGACAAGUUAAAAGUUAAAUUCAAGAUAAAGGGUUCGGCAUAUAAAUAUCAAGAGCUAUCAGGAAGGAGGUUCAUGUCUGUGAAGAAGGCUGGUCAGGGGCAAAGAGUAGAAGGGCUCGUAGUAAACGUUAAAAACAAGUACACGUCUGGUCACGGGUUAUUUUCUAAAGUUAAAAGCGGAAUUUCAAAACUUUUCUCGCUAGGAAGUAUGGCUUUAUCAAUAUGGGGUACGAUUGGCACCCUAGAAGAUUGUAAAGACCAGAGUAAGAAAGCAAAACAGAGUGCGAUAGAAAUGGAACAGUUUGUUGCUAAUGCCACACAGUAUUUGAAUAACAUCAAGGGAGCAUAUGAACUUGGACAAGAGGCAUGGAAAGAUAUCGUGGAUGUAGCUUGGGAAGAUAAUCUUCUGUUUGCGCUGAGAGAGGUGAAAAAGAUGAUGUCGGACCCUGCUUUUACCAAAUAUAAAGGAACCAUUGUACAAGAUAUUCAGAAUUACAUCGAUGCUACUAACAACACGGGUACAUCUUCAAAUGCUAACCAUCUGCAAAGAAAACUCGAACUUGCUUUAAAACAAGUACCAUUUCCACUACGAUGCCAUGAAAUUAAAGGUUCAAUCUUUAGCGCAGUUAGCAGGGAAUGCGCGGCGGGUUCAGAUACAUUCAKUAAGAUCUACAAGAGCCGCAAGGAACUCGGCAAAACAGACUCAAAACGCCACCAUUGUGCAUUCGUAGCUCCCGGAAAGGAAUUCAUUACUGCUGAACGACUCGAAAACGCUUGGAAAGAGGCGAUCAAAGGAAACGAUACUGUAAAGGAAAGAUGUCUCCAAAACAGCCAAAACUUGAUAGAUUUAGUCCAAUCAAAACUACGAGAAGGCGCUACAGUCGAGGACGCCGCUCAAAUUGCUAAAGAAUUCAAGCGUCCACACUACAAAGAAGACAUUGAARUUUUGUUGCGCACUUUGCCGAAGCCUGGGAAGAUAACACUUUCUAAAGAGAUACAACGAAUGAUUUGCCUUUUGAAGACCUCUGAUGAUAUGACAGAUGAAGAAAAUUACAAAGAUCUACAUGAUUUGUACCCUUAUCUCACAUUUGACAUGUAUAAGAAUCAAGAAUGCCCAACAAAAGAAGAAAAUAAAAGUAAAACAAGAUAGAUUUCUUGAUCAAAUGUUGCGUCUUUAAGGUCCCGUCCACACGUAUCCGGAAACUUUUGUAUCCGCAAUUUUUUUCGGAUACGGGUUGCGUCC